AAAGCUAGCGCCUGCUGGUCUCCCCGUGCUCCAUCUCCGUUUUGAUCAGACAACUUCCCGAUAAACAACUUGGAAAUAGGAACAGGCUAGGCUCGGCCGUCCCCUAUUCCCGAUUCGUCAACCAAAGCCCGAAUCUUAGCCGCCUCGCCCCGGCGUCGUCGGGGGAGCGCCGAGAUCCUCCUGCCAUGGACGGGCUCAUGUCCAAGCUCCGGAACCUGGACGCGUACCCCAAGGUGAACGAGGACUUCUACAGCCGCACCCUCUCAGGCGGCGUCAUAACACUCGCCUCUUCCUUCGUCAUGCUCCUCCUCUUCGUCUCCGAGCUCCGAUUGUAUCUUCAUGCAGUUACAGAGACAACUCUAAGGGUUGAUACCUCAAGGGGAGAAAAACUUCGCAUAAAUUUUGAUAUCACCUUUCCAGCCCUGCAGUGUUCUAUAAUUAGUAUCGAUGUGAUGGACAUCAGUGGACAAGAGCACCUUGAUGUGAAGCAUGAUGUAUUCAAGCAGCGAAUUGAUGCCAAUGGCAAUGUUAUUGCAACUAAGCAAGAUGCAGUUGGUGGGAUGAAGGUGGAAAAGCCCUUGCAGAUGCAUGGUGGCAGGCUUGAACACAAUGAGACCUAUUGUGGCUCAUGUUAUGGUGCAGAAGAACCUGGUGAACAAUGUUGUAAUUCAUGUGAAGAUGUCCGCGAAGCAUACAGGAAAAAAGGUUGGGGCGUAUCAAAUCCAGAUUCGAUCGAUCAGUGCAAAAGGGAGGGUUUCCUCCAAACUAUAAAGGAUGAAGAAGGUGAAGGAUGCAACAUUUACGGCUUCGUGGAAAUUAACAAGGUUGCUGGAAAUUUCCACUUUGCUCCAGGGAAAAGCUUCCAGCAGUCAAACGUUCAUGUUCACGAUCUGCUUCCAUUUCAAAAGGAUAGCUUCAAUGUCAGCCAUAAGAUAAAUAAAUUAAGUUUUGGAGAACCCUUUCCUGGUGUGGUCAAUCCCCUUGACGGGGCGCAUUGGUUCCAACAUUCACCAUAUGGAAUGUAUCAAUACUUCGUUAAGGUCGUUCCCACUGUAUACUCUCACAUAAAUGAGCAGAUUAUUCUCUCCAAUCAGUUUUCUGUGACAGAACAUGCCAGAAGUAGCGAGAGUGUCCGUAUGCAAGCUCUUCCUGGCGUGUUUUUCUUUUAUGACCUUUCGCCAAUUAAGGUCACAUUCACGGAGCGCCAUGUGUCAUUCUUACACUUCUUAACUAAUGUUUGUGCGAUUGUUGGAGGUGUGUUCACUGUUUCUGGAAUCAUAGAUUCAUUCGUCUACCAUGGCCAGAGAGCAAUCACUAAGAAGAGGGAAAUUGGCAAAUUCAACUAAAUGUUCAAUCAAGCCUUCCUGUUGCUGCCAACUAUUCCAUCUUAGGAAUCGAGUCCUCUCCAGGUUCCAAAAGUACGAGUGAACCAACCGGUUGGUAUCUUUGUCAUAGUUUUCGCUCUGGAACUUGUGAUGUGCUUGCAGACAACUGUUUUUCAAGUAACUGUUGGUGCCUUGCUUCCAGCAGAAGCUGCUGUCAUACAAAAUGGCUCAUCUUCGCACUCUGGCAAAUGGAACAUUUCAGAGGUGCUCCUUUUUGUACACUAGUCUACGAGGAAAAACGAGUUAUUGUUGUAAGCAGCAUGUUUUUUUUUUGUAUAUCUUUGUAAAUCCGCCAAGAGGACUGUAGACUGUCGGUAGAAUGGAUAUUUUUGGCUAUGAGUAAGUUAUAACAGGUUAUAUUUUUCUUCAUUUGCAGCCCUUGCAGGCCAGGUUAAAAGAUGUAAAGACCCUUUGAAGGAAAUUAAGUUUAUAUUUCUUUUACUGUGUUUCCUUUCCAA